CUCCGCUGCAGCUCCACGGCUCGGCUCGCUGUCAGCUGCGGAUCAGACCGACUCCACUAUCAUAUCCAGCGAUCAUUCCUGCCUCCAUGCGCGGUCUGUAUUUCAGAAACGCUAAAGGAUUUACUUCCCUCUGUUUAUGAAUUGCGGCUGAUAAAGACGCGUAGGCUGGUGUGGAGUUUUGUAACAAAAGGAUUCCUGUGUGCACUGGAAUACAUCAGCCGAAAAUGAGGAACUGUUGAGCACCUUCAGGUCACUUUGGAGCCAUACUGUGCGUGGAUGCCUCCAACCCUCGCUGGAUGAUUCCAUCUUCGUGAUGAAAGGCUUAUCCGGCAGCCGCAGCCACCACCACGUGGUGACAUGUGACCCCUCUUUUGACUCCAUGGGUCACCACUUGGACCACAAGCCCUACCUCAUCAGCCAGAUCGACAACCCCCACCCGGUCGACCACUCUUACUACUCCCAGAGAAGCCCCUACCAGCCCGACUGUGUGGUGCCUUACGGGACCUUCCCCCGCCGACACUACAGCUCUCAGCAUGAGCUGAAGGAUGAGACCGCUGUGGUUCCCUACACUGGGGGAGGGGUUCCAGCCAACAAGGGUCAACAGCGUCUCCCUGUCGCCCUGUUGGAUCAGUUUGACCGGCAGCUCCCAGUGCCUCGGGAUGGCUAUCACACACUGCAGUACAAGCGUGCCGCUGCUGCCUUGGAGCAACGGAGCGACAGCCCUGGCCGAAUCCGGCACCUGGUACACUCUGUUCAGAAGCUUUUCACAAAGUCCCACUCACUAGAGGGCCCGCACCAUGGUCACGGCCAUGGCAAGGGCAGCAUCAAUGGAGGCAAGGCCAGCCCCGACGGAGAACCCCCUGCUAUUCGGCACCGCAAGCGCAGCAAGAGCCGGGAGCGCUGCAAGUCGGCUGAACCCAAGAACAGGACGCCACCUUCUGGCUAUUGGAGCUCGGAUGAAUUGGAACGCGAGGCCUGCCUGUUUCACCAUGGACCACCGGGCGUCAUGACCAUGGGCCGUCACCCGGAUAAGUCGCAGUCGCAGUACUUCUUGGAAGCCUACAACACCAUCAAUGACCAGGCGCUUAAAAACUCCCGCAGCAGCAAUGAUUUGGGCAAGUGCACGACGUGCACAAGCAUCCCGCUGAGCGUGGACGCUUCACAGCUCGUGAAGAAGAGCUCGUGGUCGUCCUCUCUCACGGUGAGCAGAGCACGUCAAGUCUACCAGAAGCCCUCUGUAAAUGUAGAUAAGGCUCUAGUGAAAGCAGAGGCUUGUCAGCAGGAGCGCUCAUGCCAAUUCUUGCAGGUUCCUCAAGAUGAGUGGGGAGGCUUUCCACUGGGGAAAGAUGAGGAUAUCCCAUGCAGACGCAUGCGCAGCGGGAGUUACGUGAAAGCCAUGGCGGAGGAAGAUAGCGGAGAUUCGGACGGCAGCCCUAAACCCUCGCCCAAGAUGCAGGCGCGACGGGCCAGCUACCUCAAAGCCACCCAGCCAUCGCUCACAGAGAUGACCACUCUAAAUAUCUCUACAGAACACUCUCCAAAGCUGCAGAUCCGGAGCCACAGCUACUUGCGGGCGGUGAGUGAAGUUUCCAUCAAUAGGAGCAUGGACACCCUGGACCCCAAAGCUCUGCUAGCCUCUCCCCAAUACCGCUCACGCAACGAGAGCUACAUGAGGGCUAUGAGCACCAUCAGCCAGGUGAGUGAGGUUGAGGUUAACGGGCAGAUUGAGGCAGUGUGUGAGAGUAUGUUCAGUGAAAUGGAGUCACAGGCAGUGGACGCCCUGGACCUGCCCAUGCCCGGGUGCUUCCGCAUGAGGAGUCACAGUUACGUGCGUGCCAUCGACCAGGGCUGCUCGCAGGACGAUGACGGGCCUUUGCUACCGGCCUCCCCCCCAAGGACCACCACUACUGUCAGAACCAUCCAGAGCAGCACGGUCUCAUCAUGCAUCACCACCUACAAGAAGACUCCCCCGCCGGUACCUCCUCGAACCUCAACCAAGCCCUUCAUCUCCAUCACGGCCCAGAGCAGCACUGAGUCUGCGCAGGACGCUUACAUGGAUGGUCCCGGGACAGGAAGCGAGCCCGUCCUCCACUCUGGCCUGAGCAAUUCCACCGAGAGUAUUGACAGCAUGAAAGCGCUAACGGCAGCCAUCGAGGCGGCCAAUGCUCAGAUCCACGGCCCUGCCAGUCAACACGUCAGUAACAGCACCAUCACCAUCAGCACUACCCCUCCCUCUCCACUGCCCAUGCAUGUGCCCGUCCCCAUACCCAUACCCGCCCUGGAAGACGUCCGCAGGGAUGUGCUCAGGAAGAGCAGGUGCCUUUCUAUUGGCAUCCAGGUGGAUGGGCCUGAGGACCAGGAACUGGAGGACCAGUCCAAGUUUCAGUCAGUGGGGAUUCAGGUUGAAGAAGAGCACGGUCACCGGCGGUUCAAGCGUUCAAACAGCGUGACGGCAGCGGUACAGGCUGAUCUGGACACUCCGGACUACACACCAGCGGACUCUCCUGUCAUAGAUUUCCCCUCCUCGGGCUGCUUGUCCCGGCAGUACUCACGUGAUGCCGCCACCUCCACCGUCAGCAUCCAGGGCUCAGGGAAUCACUACCACGCCUGCACCUCAGAUGAGUAUGAGGACGUUGGCUUUGAUCCCUCCAUCCUGCCUCCACCUGACCCUUGGAUCGAUAGCGUAACGGAAGAUCCCUUGGAAGCCGUGGGCCACUCGGUGUGUCAGCGUGACGGCCGCUGGUUCCUGAAGCUGCUGCAGGCGGAGACUGAACGUAUGGAGGGCUGGUGCAGGCAGAUGGAGAACGAUGAGAAGGAGAACAAGCUGCCUGAUGAAAUCCUGGGGAAGAUCCGCAGUGCAGUGGGAAGCGCACAGCUGCUCAUUUCCCAGAAGUUUCAGCAGUUCAGGGAAUUGUGUGAGGAAAAUCUGAACCCAAACGCUCACCCACGGCCAGUGGCUCAAGAUCUGGCAGGGUUCUGGGACAUGCUUCAACUUUCCAUUGAGAAUAUCAGCUUAAAGUUCGAUGAGCUUCACCAGCUCAAAGCCAACAACUGGAGACCCCUCGACCCCCCCGAGAGAAAGGAGAGAAGGCUGCCUCCCCCAGUGCCAAAGAAACCCCCGAAAGGCCACCCUCCCCUGGCCAGAGAUCGCUCGCUGGAAAGCACCGAGAAGCAGCGUCAGGAGGCGCGCAAGCGUUUGAUGGCGGCCAAACGAGCUGCUUCCGUACGACAGAACUCGGCCACAGAGAGUGCAGACAGCAUCGAGAUCUAUAUUCCUGAGGCCCAGACCAGAUUAUGAAACUGCCAAACGCCAAAACGCACUCACACAAGAACGCCCAAGUGCAGAAACCCGCCGCGAGCACAACACAUCACACAGGUCUAUAUUUGCCUAAUACUAAGAUCAGUGUAUAUUAGGAGCGACAUACACCAGCACCGUGAUAGCACAGUAGUAGUAAUUUGACCUUUUAUUAAUAAAACAAAUGACUUCCAAGACCAUAGAUCAUAUUUCUAUGACCCUUAUGACUUCAGGACAAAUGACUUUUAAUUUUACACAAAUGAAAACGAGGUUGUUGUUUUUUUGGCAAAACUAUUUCAGGGACGUCCUGUGGUGAAAAUGAUUGAGGGACCUUCGCUUUGUACUUCUUCAGUAUGAAUAUUCAGAAUUAUUUUUUUUUUUUUUUUUUUUUGAGAAGCAGCACUGCAUAAAAUAUGAAGAACUGGUUUUUCAUAUUGAAGUAUGUUAGAAGAAGCUGCUUUUGUUUGAUCAAAAAUACAAUUAAAACAGUAAUCAAUUGAAAUAUAAUUACUGUUUAAAAUAACUGGUUUCUAAUUUAAUAUAUUUUAAAAUGCAUUUAUUUCUGUGAUGGCAGCACUGGGAAUUUUCAUCAGUCAUAUUACUCAGUGUCACAUGAUCCUUCAGAAAUCAUUCUAAUAUGCAGAUUUUCUGUCCAAGAAAAAUUCUUAUUAUUAUCAAUGUUGAAAACUGUUUUUUUGAAGAUUUCUUAGACAAAUCGAAACUUUGGAUCAAUUUAAGGCAUCCUUGCUGAAUAAAAAUAUUAAUUUCCUUCAGAAAAAAAUUGUUAACACUUAAAAUCUGGUGAAAAAAUGAAAGAAUAUGCCAGUGCUUUUACACAAAGUCUACUAGUAUUAAAGAUACUUUGUCUUAUGCAGUCUUGCUUCUCAAUUUAUCUUGUUUCAAAGAUUUCUAUAUAGCUUUACUAAAAAAAUAUGACAAAACUGCUCAUCUCAUAGAAAAUAUGACUCUGCUGGAUAUACAUCAGAACUGUCCCUCACAGACUCGCUUUUAUUUGUGUGAAAUUAAAUAUUUCUGCCCUGAACAAAAUCUAUUACUAGUUCAUUCACACGCACACUAUUUGGAGCUCAGCCACUUUAUAUAUACUCUUUUUCAUUUUUAUGCAUGUGUGGUUACAUACAGUUUGUUUGUAGACACAUAAUAGACAUGGUUACACAUGCACACGUGCAUUACAACCUCUCUCAUUCACCGUGUAGAUAAAUAUGAGCAUAUACACACGUAUAUACUUUAUCAUUUAACAGUUCUACACAGACUUAUCACAAAUAAUAAACAUAAGCGUGGAGCAGGCUGGGUGUUUGUAAUAUAAUCUGUCUGUACCUUUUUCCUUAAGAGUUGAAGGAAUGUUAUACCAGGUUUAAUGUUUUACUUCUCCAGUUGUUCCAUUUGUCUUUCUCUUUCACACACUGUCUUAAUCUGAUGAUCUAAAGAGAUGUGAUCAUAGUGAAUUAUGUUCCUAGCCAUGUGAAGUAGGUAAACCCUCUCUCUCAGUCCCUCUAGGAAAUACUAUAUCCUGUUGUCUUUUAGCAUUUCUGUUUUCUCAGAAGAGCAGAAGAACUGCUAGCACUUCUAUCCCUGCCAUUUUUUUUUCAUACAAUUGGAAAAUGAUGACCACAUAACAGGGUAUUUUAAGCUAAAAGCAAUACUCAUAAAAAAAAUCUAAUAUUACUACAUUAUUCUGAUGUAGAGAUUCUGUAAAACUGAUUCAUUGCUAAAGAAAAGAUGCCUUCACUAUUCUUUUUU